AUGAUAUCGGAAAAUCAUACAAGCGAAAAAGAAGCAACUACCGCAUUCCGCGACUUUUCACCUCUAGAAUUCACCGAUUUCUUUGACAGAAAACUCAAUAUUGAGCUCGAUGGAGAAUCUUUUAACGUGUAUUUCAAAGGCAAUGAAGGUCCAGUCUUCUAUUUGCUACAUGGAGGUGGAUAUAGUGGUCUUACUUGGGCAGUUUUUGUGGUAGGUACUCAAUUAUUGAAUUUAUUUCUCUUUUUAGGAAUCAUUGACGAAAAAAGUAAAAUGCCGCGUGAUUGCUCCAGAUCUCAGAGGGCAUGGAUUGACAACUGCUGAGCCGUUAGAUCUUUCAUCUGAUAGACAAAUAAAGUAAGUGUGUGGUUCCCGAUGUUUUUAUUGUAGGGAUAUAUCAGGAAUCUAUUAUAAGAUUUUUGAAUCUGUCGAAAAGAAGCCACCGUUGAUAGUGAUUGGGCAUUCUAUGGGAGGAGCGUUAGCAGUAAGGGCGGUUGAUGCUAACCUCUUGCCUAAUGUGCAAUGUCUGGCCGUUAUUGAUGUUGUUGAAGGAUCAGCUAUGGGAAACUUAAGUCUAAUGAAUCAAGUUCUAAGAAAUCGACCAAGGCAUUUUACAACUUUUGAAAAGGCCAUUAAAUGGUGUGUGGAUACUGGUAUGACCAAGAACUUACGAGCCGCAAGGGUAUCCAUGCCUUCUCAACUAGUAAAGAUCGAGGAGAACGGAAAAAUUGUAGGUUUUCAUAUAGUAAAUAAUUUUCUUCUUUAGGAAUAUAAAUGGAGAGUAAAUCUCGGGAAGACUCAAGAUUUUUGGAUAGGGUGGUUCAAAGGACUGUCCAAGAUGUUUCUUGGCUGCAAACCCGUCAAGAUUCUGUUGUUGGCCAAUGUGGAUAGGCUCGAUAAGGAACUCAUGGUUAGUUUGCUUUGAGUGUUAAAAGCGAUUAAAAAUAUAAAAAAAAUGAUUGGUUCAGAUAGGUCAAAUGCAAGGUUCUUUUCAAUACGAAGUGCUGCAUAACGUGGGACACGCUCUACAUGAGGAUUCUCCUGAUAAAGUUGCCGAAAUCUUCGCAAAUAUGGUCAAACGAUAUCAAGUUUUAUUCUCUAAAUAA